AUGCCUCUCGUCGUCCCCGGCAUAACCAACACCGGCUCCAGCGGUGGCGGCAACGCAAACACCGGGGAAUGGAUGAAUAAGCUGAUGGGCAAGAGGCUGGGCGAGACGAGCAACGAGACGCAGUUUGCCAAGAAGGACCUGCCGCAGAACCACCGCGUCGUCGAGGAGGGCGGCAUGAUGACCAUGGACCAUAACCCGGACCGGUUGAACAUUCACGUCGAUAAGGACGGGACAGUCAAGAAGGUCACGCAUGGCUGA